CCUUUGCACGUGCACAGCACGUGCCACCACCCUUACAUAAUUCGCAUUCCUUCUCCAGAAUCCACAAACCGUUACUUGCAUACAUAGUUUUCUUUUCCUAGGUUCCUUUUUAGAAUAAAAUCGCAUCACCGGUAAACCCAAGAUACGAUCGCCAGAAAACGCCACCUAAAUCUCCGGCUCCAGAAAUGUAUAACAAUGUGGGACCUCAGCCUGGGGUGCCAAGACCUCCAGCCAACUCCCAGCCCAAUCCAUUUGGGAAUUCCUUCUACGGAGCUGGUUCAGGACUUAUGAAAGGUGGGCUGGGUGCAUAUGGAGAGAAAAUUUUGGGCUCAAGUUCUGAGUAUGUACAAAGCAAUAUAAGUAGAUACUUCUCUGAUCCACAGUACUAUUUCCAAGUGAAUGACCAGUAUGUGAGGAACAAACUGAAGGUUGUUUUGUUUCCAUUUCUGCACAGGGGACAUUGGAUGAGGAUAACCGAGCCAGUAGGGGGCAGGCUUUCCUAUAAACCCCCAAUCUAUGAUAUAAAUGCACCAGACCUGUACAUUCCAUUCAUGGCAUUUGGUACCUAUGUUGUUCUUGCUGGCUUGUCGUUGGGACUUAAUGGAAAAUUUAGCCCAGAAGCUCUCAAUUGGCUGUUUGUCAAGGGAUUGCUCGGCUGGUUUAUGCAGGUUGCAUUGCUCAAAAUGAUACUCCUUUCAUUGGGUAGUGGGGAGGCGCCCUUGUUAGACAUUGUUGCAUAUGCUGGGUAUACCUUCACAGGCAUGUGUUUUGCUGUCCUUGGAAAGAUCUUAUCUGGAUACUCUUACUACAUUUUGAUGCCAUGUGCCUGCUUAUGCAUGGGAAUUUUCUUGGUGAAGACAAUGAAGAGAGUACUUUUUGCAGAGGUGAGGAGCUUUGAUUCUAGCAGACACCAUUUUCUCUUGCUCCUCAUCGCUUUGGUUCAGUUCCCAUUUUUCGCAUGGCUUGGCAAUGUUAGUGUCAAUUGGUUUCUCUAAACUGCUCUGUUAUGUUGUAGAAACAUGUAUUUGUAGAGUUAUGAAAUAUCAAAAUUUUUUGGUA